AUGUCAACCUAUGGCAUACUAUCUCUGGAAUCAAGCGAUAUCUGCCUGAAACUGGACCUUGCUAUCAUGCAAGUCGAGAAUUUACCCUUCAUCCGUCACUUCACAUGGAGACUGGCUGUGUGCUCCAUCCUGAUGAGUCUGAGUGUCUUCAACUUCGGUAUGGAAAAUGUUGCAUAUAGCACUAUACAAGCUAUGGACAGAUCUUUUCAAAGACGGUUCGGAUCAUACAAUCCCAAAACACACAAGCACUUCUUUACAGCAACACAACUUAGUCUACUAAAUAGCUUGCCGCGGAUUACUUUCGCAGCGGGAGUUGUAUUGGGAGGAUUUACCGGUGAAAGCUUCGGUCGUCGUCUGGUCAUAUUCUUGAUGUUGUUUAUCUGCUUGAUUGGAGUUAUCAUUUCUUACUGUGCCAAAAGCUAUGCGCAAGUUCUAGCAGGUUGUUUGCUUGUGCAAGGCUACGCUGGCAUGGAAGGGUAUGUAGUGCCCAUGUUCCAAGCUGAGAUUGCGCCUGCUUCAGUGCGCGGCGCGGUGGUGAUUAGCUACAUCUUCAAUCAUGUGUUUGGCUCUGUCAUUAUGUCGUGUAUUACAUAUCGCACUUCCAGACUGGAGAUUGACUACAACUGGAAUAUCCCCAUUGCAGUUAUCUCUAAUCCGGACUAUGCACCGGAGGUAGAUCUCGCGCUUAUGAAAGAGUCAUUGGCGAUGGAAGUCGAAAAGGGGAGUUGGCGCGAUAUAGUCAGAGGGACGAAUUUACGUCGAACAACUAUCGUUGUCAUUGUUCAGUGUCUCAAUCAGCUCACGGGGCAGGCAUUCGCAACUCAAUACGGGGUUGUGUUCAUUAGGACCUUGGGGACUAUAGAUCCAUACAAGUUCACGCUGAUUUCCCACGCUAUCCAUGUACUGGGGCCGCUCCUGACCUUCUUCCUCGUGGGCAGAAUUGGUCGUCGUCGAAUGUACCUUAUUUUCAGUUCUUUAUGCAGUGCAACCUUAACCACCAUAAGCGGCUUAGGUUUGGGAAUAGUCAAUUUCCAACAAGAAGCCGGGAUCGUAGCAAUGACAAUCUUAUAUUCGUUCUUCUUCUCCUUCUCCUUCGGUGGAAUGGGCCCCGGGACUGGCUCCAAGAUACCAGUUCUUCGACUACUCGACAAGUCUGCAGUAGUUGGCUGGUUGUUCCAGAACAUCUUCGCCUUUGUGGUCAGCUUCACCGUACCGUAUCUCAUUGAUAUUGAUUACGGCAACCUUCACUUAAAACUUGGCUUUGUAUACGGUACUAUCGGCUUCCUAGGUUUGAUGUGGGCUUAUUUCUACUUUCCGGAGCUUAUGGGCCGCCCGCUUGAGGAGAGUUGA